AUGUUGAUGAUGAACUUGUUAGCUGCAACUCUAUUUGUAUCAAUAGUUUGUGUUGCUAAUGCACUCACAAAGAAUGAUUUUCCUUCUGACUUCUUGUUUGGUGCUGCAACUUCUGCUUAUCAGGUUGAAGGUGCAGCAAAUGAAGAUGGAAGGAAUCCAAGCAUAUGGGAUACCUAUGCAGAUGCUAACAAUGGAGGGAAAUCCAAGGAAAAUGGUGACAUUGCAUGUGAUCAAUAUCACAAAUAUAAGGAUGAUGUCAAACUCAUGGCUCAAAUGGGUUUAGAUGCCUACAGAUUUUCCAUAUCAUGGUCAAGACUUAUUCCAGAUGGAAAAGGGCCGAUAAAUCCGAAGGGAUUGGACUAUUACAACAACCUUAUCGAUGAACUUACAAGCAAAGGAAUUCAACCGCAUGUUACAUUGUAUCAUUGGGAUCUACCACAAGUACUUGAAGAUGAAUAUGGAGGAUGGGUUAGCAGAAGAAUUAUAAAAGACUUCACAGCAUACGCUGAUUUCUGCUUUAGAGAGUUUGGAGAUAGAGUUAAACAUUGGACUACCGUUAAUGAAGGAAAUGCGUGUUCAAUUGUGGGCUAUAGUGCAGGAAUUUUACAGCCUCAAAGGUGUUCAUCUUCCUCUUUCUCUUACUGCUCCAAAGGCAAUUCUUCGACCGAGCCAUACUUGGUAACUCAUCAUAUGUUGUUAGCACAUGCAUCAGCUGCAAAACUCUAUAGAAAAAAGUACAAGGCCAAGCAAAUGGGGUUUAUCGGUUUUAAUCUCAUUGUUAUUGGUUUUAUUCCACUAACAAAUACUACUGAAGACAUAAUCGCCACUCAAAGAGCACGAGACUUCUAUAUUGGGUGGUUUCUAAAUCCCUUCAUUUUUGGAGAAUAUCCUGAGGUCAUGAAAAAGAAUGUUGGUUCAAGGCUUCCUUACUUCACCACCAAGGAAUCAAAUUUGGUUAAGGGUUCAAUUGAUUUUCUUGGAAUAAAUUUUUACUAUGCAUAUUAUGUUAAGAACAACGCGAAAAGUCUGCAGAAAAAGGAUAGAGAUCACGCAUCAGAUAUGGCUGCGGAUACUAUAGUAAACUCUGGAAAUGAUACGUAUGAGAUUCCGGUUAUACCUGGGAUUUUGGAAGGGGAACUUCAUUCUUUGAAGAAUGAUUAUGGAAAUUUUCCAAUUUACAUUCAUGAAAAUGGUCAACAAACAAGUAGAAGUUCAUCUUUAAAUGAUUGGUCAAGGGUGGAGAGUAUGCAUGUAUACAUAGGAAGCAUGCUUGAUAUGUUGAGGAAUGGAUUGAAUAUAAGAGGAUACUUUGUAUGGGCCUUUUUGGAUGUAUUUGAGUUGCUAUAUGGAUAUAAAAAAACUUUUGGCUUAUAUUACAUAGAUUUGAAGGAUCCAACCUUGAGGAGGCAACCUAAACUUUCUUCUGUGUGGUAUUCAAAUUUUCUAAACAAUAGAACUAUGGACUCAAAGAUCAGCAUGAAAAUUGAAGAGAAUUCAUAUGUACUUUCCCCCAACACUUCCUUAAUGCAUGCUACCACUUAA